AUGGCAGUCCAGUCCAAGUUGCUGCCUCCCGGGCGCAGCGUCAAACAGAUCAUCUCCGAAUUGACCUCCCUCUAUCUCAGGCACCGGACCAAGAUAUCCCGGACCGUUUUCAUUACCCUUGUAGUCGCCUUGAUCCAUCGAAUUCACAAUGCUAUCUCCGAACAGAAAGCCGCCGCUCGCAGACAAGCGGAGAUCCGAGCCCAACAGUCCGCCACAAUAGGAGACGCCGAUGCGGCCAGUCAAGAACACAAGAAGAAGAGGGUGGAAAUCAACAGAGAGUUUUUCCGAAAUCUUCUUCGGCUGCUGAAAAUCGUUAUACCGGGAUGGCGCAGCAAGGAGUUGCGUCUGCUUGUCAGUCAUAGCGUGUUUCUGGUUCUCCGAACCCUCCUGUCGCUCUAUGUGGCCGAACUCGAUGGCAAAGUCGUCUCUGCGUUGGUCAAGGGACGGGGCCGAGACUUUGUGCUUGGACUUGUAUGGUGGAUGCUGGUGGCCGUUCCUGCGACAUUCACCAAUUCCAUGCUCCAAUACCACCAAACCAGGCUCGCCCUGGCCUACCGGACACGCUUGACGAACCACAUCCACGAGAAGUACCUGAACAACAUGACAUUCUACGCACUGUCGGCUUUGGACGACCGAAUAAAGAACCCCGAUCAACUCAUCACCGUCGAUGUGGCACGGUUCAGCAACUCCCUUGCUGAGCUAUACUCGAAUCUGGCCAAACCUAUCCUCGAUAUGGUGAUCUACAAUUACUCUCUGUCCAAAUCCGUGGGUGGUGAGGGCCUCUUCGCAAUGGCGCUGCUGGUUCAGGUAUCGGCCAACGUCAUGCGCGCACUCACACCGCCCUUUGGCAAAUAUGUCGCGGACGAGGCGAGAUUGGAAGGUGAAUUUCGCUUCCAGCACACCCGAUUGAUUGAUUAUAGCGAAGAAGUGGCAUUGUACUUCGGACACGAGGCCGAGAAGGAUGGCUUGGACAAGGGCUAUUUCACCUUGAUCAAGCAUGUCAAUCGGAUACUGCGGCGGAGGUUCUACCAUGGCCUCAUGGAGGACUUUGUUAUCAAAUACUUCUGGGGCGCUCUCGGGCUUAUUUUAUGCUCGCUUCCAGUCUUCUUCAAGAUCCCGGGCCAGAGUCUGCAAGCUGCCGGUGAUCACACUGAAAGCUUUGUCAAGAAUCGGCGGAUGUUGCUCAGCAGCUCUGAUGCGUUCGGCCGCAUUAUGUUCUCCUACAAGGAAAUCACCGAGCUGGCAGGCUACACUUCCAGAGUUGCUGGACUGCUGGAUGUCAUGGACGAGGUCUCUGCCGGCCAUUUUGAGAAGAAGCUGGUAAGCUCUGCAAGUACCGAGGAGAAUGCCGAAGUCUUGAAAGGUCGUGGGACCAUUGAAGAGAGUGAGAACAUUGAGUUUACCGACGUCCCCAUCGUCAGCCCCAAUGGUGACGUGCUUGUCAAGAAGUUGACCUUCCGCAUCAGACCGGGAGACCACCUUCUCAUCGUGGGUCCUAAUGGAUGUGGCAAGUCGAGCUUAUUCCGGAUUUUGGGAGGUCUCUGGCCUGUUUAUGGCGGGACAGUGAAGAAACCCAGUUUUGAGGACAUCUUCUACAUCCCACAACGGCCCUACCUCAGUCGCGGUACACUAAGAGAUCAGAUCAUCUAUCCUGACACUCUCUACGAGUUCCGGGCGAAGAACGGCUCGGAAGAAGAGUUGAAGCAGAUCCUGGAGGUUCUGGAAAUCGAGUCUGUCCUCAAUCGACCCAACGGCUGGGAUGCUGUCGAGGAAUGGAGAGACGUUUUCUCUGGCGGUCUGCAGCAGCGGAUCGCGAUGGCGCGGCUAUUCUACCAUAAGCCCAAGUAUGCCAUCUUGGAUGAAUGCACCAGCUCGGUCACUUUGGAAAUGGAGCGCAAGAUGUAUGAGACUGCCAAGAGUCUUGGGACCACCCUGAUGACCGUUUCGCAUCGCCGCAGCUUGUGGAAGUACCAUAGCAUGAUCCUACAGUUUGAUGGUGAGGGAAACUAUGUCUUUAGCAAGCUCGAUGCGGAGAGGAGGAUCAAGCUGGAGGAUGAGAAGGAAGAGCUCGAUGCUCUGCUCCGUGGGGUCGAAGGAUGGAAGGCCAGGCUCGCCGAACUGGAAGGCUGA